GAACCAGUAAAGAAGAGAAAAAAAAGUAAGGAGAAGAGUGAGAAGGAAGUGCAGAAGGUGAGUGAAAAAAACAGCAGAAGGACUCCAGAUUUUUUACUAGGGAACAGAGAUUUUUAUUGAUGACUAGAUAUUCAAACAGUCCUACUCACAAAAGAGAGAGUCUAUUUAAUGUGUUUCACCUUAACAUCAGUAUGCAUAUUUUAUAUGCUGUUUUCUAUACAUUUCCUAAAAUCAAGAGCCUUCAUUCUGGUGACCUUAAUGUGUGACUUGAGGUGAUAUUGUAAGGAGAAAUUAGAUGCUAGUCACUUUAAGGGGUUGAAGGGUUAACUGUAAUUAAAACUAGUGAUUUGAAAGAUGUGUGAAAUUAGCUAUUUGUGAUUUAAUGAAUUUUAUUAUCAUCCUUUAGCCAAAGAUUAUCCCUCAUGCACAUCAGUUGUUCAGGGUUGGAAAAAACACCAAAGAAAGAAUUAAGAUCUCAAAAUUAGCAGAUCUGAUUUUCUUUGCAUCCCUACGAGAUGUUGAUCCCAGAUGCCAGUCUUGUCAGUCCUGGUGUCAGAUAGAAGGUGCUGAUAAAGUCCACAAAGUCAUCAUCAUUCUUGUCAGUGGUGUGGGAGCAAAGGAAUUUAUUGAAAAUAAAGAUUGUUUUCCCAAAUGUAGCAGCUUCUUUCAGUUGGUAAGAUUUUUUAUCUGGUGUAUUGAGACAAUUAAAUGUUAAAUGAUUUCAACCAAUUUUGCUUUGAUUUUAUUUCCUUUUUCAGGGCUUAAACACCAAAGCAUCAGGAACAGACUUUAGUGUGAAACUUCCUCAUGAGAGCUUACUUCUUGUUGAUAUGCCAAAGAAAGAGUUAAAGAAAUUGAGGAAAAGGCUGGAAAAGAGUGAGUGUUUAACCAAAUGAUGUACAUGUUAAUCUGUUUCAGAUGUGAUGAUUUUCCUCAAUAUAUAUUUUUGUUAUGAUUUUGAUGUAUAGAUCAGUGAUUAUAAUUGAUCCACCUGUAAUUUGAAAUCUUAUUCAGCUAAAUUUGGUAGAGAGGAUUACAAAUUAACUCUGGAGGAGAUGCAUGAAAAUAACUUUCCACUGCCAAGUGCUGUCAGUGACAAGAAUGGGGAAACAGAACAUGAUGGUAUUGGUGAUAAAUGCGUAUAAUCUAGAUAUUAAUAAGAUACAUGAAAAAAAUUACUCAAUUCUGAUUAGUUUAAGAUAAAUGCAGUUUUCAGAUAAUUCAUGCAGAAGAGGGUUAACUCAGUGCAAAGAAGUAACAAAACAGACUUAACAAUUCCUUGAACUGUUUAGCCAGACUUUGAACUUUUUUGUGCCUUAAAGAACUGAUGUGAAAAUAUUAAUAAGUACUUGUAAUUUUUUCCAAAGACCACAAAUUGCACUCGUCCUACUGGCUUGUGCAAUUUUUUAGUCUUUGAAAAAAUUUACUCAUGCAUAUUGCGCUAAAAAUUGCACAAGAAACCAUGUGAUUACCUAUACUAAUGAUAACAGGUAAUUGAUAUUUGUAAUUUUAACCCUAUCAUUCCUAUGAGUGACCAAGAAAGAAUUUCUCCUUACAUGUGAAAUAAGUGUCAUCAAGGUACAAUGUAGAGAAGGUCACCAUAGCAACUGGGCCACAGGGCACCAGGAUAUGGAAUAAAAAUCUGAUAUAGAACAUGGGAUAAGGGGAGGAGAUGAGGGUUGCAAGUUUGCAAGUAAAGGCAAUAUCAUGUAUUAGUAUGCAGAAAAAAAUCGGUCAGUCUGCAGUUUCAUUAACACUAGUUUCCUUGUUUUUAGGGUUUAUUUCAACUAAACCAUUUAAGAAGUCUAAGAAAUCUCCAGAGUCACCAAUGUUUGCAAUCGAUUGUGAAAUGGUACUGUAUGUUCACAAAAUCAUAUCAAUUAUUCAAGAAUUAUAGAUAAGAAUUAAUUGUUCUUCCAUGUAAAGUGGGAUUGGUAGUCAGUUCUAUUAAUCAAUAAAAACUGACCUCAGUUUUAAUGGCCACAUUGAUUGAUUUGUUGUCAUUCAUGUGUUUACUAGUGUAAGUCAUCACUUGGAAAGGAACUCACAAGAAUAUCAUUGGUUGAUGAAUCAUGUAGGGUGGUUUAUGACACACUUGUAAAACCACCCAGGCCAAUAGUGGACUACAAAACAGAGUAAGUGAUAGAAACAAAUUUUCAGGGGCAAAUUUACCUUAAACUAUGUGUGUGAUCAUGAUAAAUAGUUUGGGUAGUUUUUAACUUACAUUAUGGACCUUGAACUUGGCUUAAAGAGAAAUGCAGCAACUACUCUUGAAUCAGUAUUUCCCAAUUUUUAUUUGUUAACUUAGUUUUUCACAUCAAUUUCAGUUAUUAAGGUUUCCACCCUGUUGUGAUACUUUUUUUUGUGUAGGUUUAGUGGAAUCACUGCAGAAAUGCUGGAGAAUGUAACUACAACAUUAACUGAUGUUCAGAAACAUUUGGUAGAUAUUCUACCAGCAGAUGCCAUUCUUUUAGGGCAUUCACUAGAGUUUGACCUCAGAGCCCUUAAGGUUGGCAAUAAUUUGACAUUUAUUUCAGUCUGUAAUGGAAGUGCGUGCAACGCACUUUUUUCUCUUUUUAAGAACCAGUUUAAUCAUGUCAUAAUAUAGUAUGGUUCUAAUAUUUCUUUAUAAGAUUCUCUUUUGUUUGUGAUUUACUUGUUAUUGAAUUUCCUUCUUUUGUUAUCUUAUUUUAUUCAUGGUUCAGGGAUGUUUUGCCCCAAUGCAAUUUUGCCCCCCACCACCCUUGUGAGUUCACCCUCUGAAGGAGAACCAUUUUGCCAUCUCCUCCAGCAGUUUGUCCUCAAAUAGUACACCUUAUAUCUGUAUGGUAUAACAUGGUACUUGGCACAUUCCAGAUCUCUUUGUUCAUUUACCUAUUUGAUUUUCAGCUCUAUCACACAAGAGUGAUCGAUACUUCUCUCCUUUAUGGAGACUGUCAAGGAGUACCUUUGUUUAAAUCAUCAUUACGGAAUCUUGCUCGUCAGCAUUUAAAGUAGGUUUUUCAAAUAUUUCUCACAGCUCAUUCACUCACCACUGAUUGCAGGAUGGACUUUUUUGGUUAACAACUAAUUUGUUAAUUUGGCAAUAAAUUUAUAUGAGACAGGAUUGAAAACUUUAUCUACAGUAUUAAAUUAAAAAAAAAAGUUACAUAUACAUUCAUAGCAGUUAAUUUUAGUUAAGUUCUUUUUUUUUCUAAAGGAAGGAUAUUCAGAAUGGAGAAAGUGGUCAUUGUUCAAUAGAAGAUGCAAGAACCUGCAUGGAAUUAGUUCAGCUCAAAAUUAAAAAUGGUCAGCACUUCAAUUUUUACCAACUUGUUGGUUGUCAUCAGUUUAUUAUCUUUUUCUGUCAUUAAAUCUUUGUUAUUUUCUCUGCUCUUGCCUUUUUCAGGUCCUAACUUUGGAAAAACCUUGUCAGGAAAGGAAGGGUAUGAAGUACAUGUUGUCUCGAAAUUUACCUGCAGCACAGUUUAGGGGACUUUGCAAAGGCAUUCACAAUUGAAGACAUUAGCCCUCUUGUUUUCACUUUUGACUCUUUCUAUAUUAAAAUUAAAAGUUUGAUAUUCAACAUCAAAUAAAUCAUUGCAUAUGUUUUUAACCAUGAUUUGCUUCUCUAAUCAGAUUUUUCAAGCAAAUUGAACGUAGUAGGAAAAGAGGUAGCUGAGUUUUCUACUGUACUGUAGAACCUCGCCACAUUUUCACCACAAUAUUAUGAUCAAUUAACACUUUUUGAUUACCAAGUUUCUUGGAAACUUUUACUUUUUAGUACUACCAGAGGAGUUAGCAGGGUACUAAAAGUUUUCCCGUUUACAACAACUCUCUUUUAGAUCUUUCAAAGUAAAAAAAAAUUCCUUCAUGUCACUUUUAUUCAUCCAGUUGAUUUUAAACAGAAAUUGAAUGAUUGUUGAUCCCAUUCCUUGCAUGAUAUUGAUAACUUCAAGAGUAUUACCCCCUCCCCCUCUCCCCCCUCCUGCAUCAGUAUAGCCACAUUUUCAUGGCUCAGUGGUGCUAUCACAUAAUGGAGGCCACCACUUUUUCCCUAAUAAAGAUGCUCUUUUGGAUGUAAGGUUGAUAAUGAUCUCAGUCAAAUGAAAUAACUAAAGUUGAUUUUUCAACAGCACCUUUACAGAAUUACAUUUAGGGAACUAUCGUCUCUCUCUUAAAACUUUUUACACAUAAACCAAAGAGAAGUGUUGAGCUGUCUGUUUCGUCAUGUAGGAUCCAUCCUAGAUUUUCCCGGAGUAGUAAAAAAGUUUGGCAAAGGAGCAACUCAUGCAGUAACUUGCACUUCAGAUGAAGAGGUGGGACUUAUGCGACGGUCUAGAGAUUACAGAUUUAAAUGUGUGUAAGGCAUUGAUAUUGAUGAGGCUGUUUUUUCACAUAAUCAGAAAAUGCUUUGGCACAGAAAUUUCCGCAGCCCCGAGAAUCAAAUCGUGAGGUUGUCUUCCAUACUUUUACAUUGUCAGCUUUGACAGAACAUGUGUUAUUCUGGGAUGUUGAGACUCACAAUAUACAAUAGUAAGCGAAAGGUUUCCCCAAAACUACACCUGAUCUGGCGAUUAAAAGUAAACAGUCCAGUAGUCAUGAUUACAAGGAAUUCUUCCUUUACUAUAUUAUAAGAUAUUGACAUUCACUUCUUCCAGGUAGUUUCUGGCGCGGUUAAAUUAAUGGAGUCCUCCGAUAUCGUCUGGACUCAUCUUCAUGAAGCUGAGAUGUUUUUCAAAGGUAAGCGGAAUUUGAUUCAGCGGCUUAUCCUUGUCUGAUAAUGCAUCACUAAGGGGCCAAUCAGAUAAUUCGUUUACUGGAUGACGAGAAAAGCAAGGAGAACCUUUUCAUUUGAUUAAUGCGUUGUACAAAUUAAAAUACCACUUCCUUGAACUGAAACUCUCUUCGCUCUCACGAUGCUUUUCUGCCUUCUGUUCGCUUUCGGAGACUUUUGCUCUCUUCUCGUCUGAUUAGAAUGCUAUUAGAGUCCUAUGUACUAUCUGUUAAUGUAAUUUUCGCAUUCCCAUUCGCAUUUUUUGCCUACUUAACGUAUGAUAAUGAGCCUAUGCUUAAUCUUCUGUUUGCAGAGGAACAGUCAAGCAAUAAUGAAAAUCAGCAAAGAACUUUCAAGGUAGGAGAUGAAAGUGCACUCCAAAAUAAAAUUCAUUUUUGAUAGCUGAACUCUUACAACGAUCCCAUGCCUAAAAAAACAUAAUGAAAUAAUGUAACAAAUAUAAGCUCCAUAGAUUGAAGUCCUCAACGCAAAUUACAAAAAAAAGUGUAGAUCUUCCAAUCAAAUAUUAGACUUAAGUGUCGACCAUGCUUAAACCUAAGUGCGCACAAAAGAUUACAAAAUCAUAUCUUAUCGUAAUUCACGGUAACUAUGUUAAAUUCAAAUAAAAGGAGGUCAAACAUAUCUCUGUAGCUCUGGCUGUAGGUUUAGCCAAUUUUUUUUUUAUUUUGUGCCUCCAAACAUACACAAUGUCAAGUAAGGUUGUACAUGUUAUCGUCUCCAUCUGUUUAACCAACUAGUCGGUCUACGUUUUUCACUGCUCACACAUGUACCAUCAAUGUAAAGCGUACAUACUUCAAAUGGUAAAGUAAUCAUGUAUCUUUGCUCUUAAUAGGACGUACUUCAUUCCGUGGAUUCAAGUAUCCAGCAAAUCCACGAUGCUGUGCCAAGUGACUGUCUAUUAUUAGUGGUGUUUGGUUGCAGUGAUUUAUCGCCCGUGAUAAGGUUCGUGUAUAGUCAUAUACCUCUCACUUACCAUUCCAUGUUUUCCGUAAUUCAUGUUCCGAGAAUUUGGUUCCACAUCAGUUGGCAAUCUUAGCUUCAAGUUAAGAAACAGCAAUCUCAGGAAUACCAAGACCAUUGUAAUCACUAUUUGUUUUCCCCAUUUCACGUACUGGAAAGUCUGUGGCACGUAAUGGCAAAGCUGUGGAACACGCAUGAGCAAACUCCCCUCUGAAUCCUUACUGAGCCCACAAUUUAUAACGCAAAGUUGUUAGCCAUUUGAGGUAUUUGAUGACCUGGUAGUUUUAGAAAAUUUUCUUGGUGCUCCAGAUCUUCUCUGAUCGGAUAAGACUCAGCCUUCUCAGUGAGACUCUUUUUGGGGGAGGGGUAGGGCUGCGUUAAACACGUAAACACGAUAGAAUACAUAAUCUAAGGAAGCAAUGCCUAAUUUUCCCUACAAUUUGAAUUCCAGGCUUCAGUCAAAGACAAAAGAAGAUAAAGCCAACAGAACUGAAUUGAAAGAAGUUGUGAGCAAGACAAAGAAUGGACUGUGUUUUCUAAAAAUUACGUAG